AUGAGGAUUAUAGGAAAAAUUCUCCUCCUCUUCUUUCUCUUUGCUGCACCAUCCACAGCGGAUAUCAGAUUCGUGAAGAUCCGAUCCCAUAACCGAGAUAUAAUCUUCUUUUCGGAGUUUGAAUACUCACAUACCGGUUACGUUUCCGUCGCUGUCUCCUCCGUCGGGAUCUCCUCCAUUCCGGUCACCUCCAACUCAUCACAACCUGAUCCAUCACGUAUUGGUUUCUUUCUUCUUUCGGAUGAACUGCAACACAGAUACAAUCUUGAAUUCGAUCGAAACCCUGAUUUGUGCGCAUUGGAUAUCAAAUUCAUCACAGUCCUCUAUACUUUCCAAAAUCUUACCCCUCCUCCUCAAUCAUCUUUUAACAAAUCGUACAAUGUCAUAUAUCCAGGUGAAUACUCACUCUACUUCGCCAAUUGCAACGACCUAUCCCUCGUCACCAUGGAUGUCCGCACAGAACUCUACAACACGAAUGACGACGGAACCACCAAAGAUUAUUUAUCAGCCGAGCAACCUCAGCCAUCUCUCUACUUCAAUUUCUUCUACAUUUAUCUCUGUUUCUUAUCGAUAUGGAUCGAAGUAUGCUUCAGGAACAAGCGAUAUUUUCAGAAGCUCCAUUUAGUAAUGGGUGUGUUGCUUGUGAUGACUCUCUUUAACUUAUUCUGCAAGGGGAUGGAUCAACAUGAUUUCAAGGUUACAGGUACUCAUCAUGAAUGGCAUGUCUUGUUUUACAUAUCUCAGUUUAUGAGGAAUGUGCUUUUGUUCACUGUAAUCAUGUUGAUCGGUGUCGGAUGGGGUAUCUGGAGGCGGGUUUUGCCAGAAUGGGCAAUAUUCAUUUGGACGAUUGUGAUCCUAUUUCAGGUUUGGGCUACUGUAAGUUAUACAGUGGUAGGGGAAUCUAUUUCAUAUAUUGAAGAGCAUGCUUUGAAUGAAAGUUUUGGUCUUAUAGAUGGCAUCUGUUGCUUCGUUGUUUUUUUCCACACUUUUUGCUCUGGUAUAGCUUUCAAAGAGGCUAAGGAUACAUCAACCUUUAUGAGGUCAUUUAUCUCGAUCAUGGAGACUUCUGUUAGGCCGGAUGUGUUCCCUUUCGUGUUUUUAGUAUACAUUAUUUUCUUUAGGUGGACUACCGAGGAAAUGGGCAAUCUCUUGUUCUAUAUUGUGAUGUUUUACCUGUUCAGGCCAUUUGAUCUUGACGAUGAAGGUACAAAGGGUGUGGGAAUUCUGGAUGAUACUUGUGAUAAAGUGUGA